GAAUCCGACGCUUAGUUUGUGUAAAGAAGAAAGUACAAUUUGUCGGCCAAUCGCGUCGAGCCUCAGGUAUACUGAAAGUCAGAAAAAGAGGUAGGAAAGUGGUCGCUCUUCAAGAACAGCAGUAGUGUCAGUUCAGUGCGGCGACACAUACAAGCAGGACAAUGUUUCAAGCAAUCCUGCAACGAAACAGUCAUAAGAAACUAGUUAAGUUUAGUAUAUUGUGUUUAGCUAUAAGUUUAGUACACAGCCAAAGUCCAAAUAAUGAAAAUGUGAAUACUAGAAAACCAAAAGAAGAAAAGAAAGAUGUAGAAUUUGAAUGUCCGCAAGUAACCGGAAAUGGAAAUUAUGCCGAUCCAAAUACUUGCCGUAGAUUCUUCCAGUGUGUAGAUGGUUACCCCUAUGUAAACCGGUGCCCAUCUGGAUUAUAUUUCGACGAUAUCAGCAAGUACUGCACCUUCAAAAACGAAGCUAGAUGUGGACCAAUUGCAACAACCCCAGCCACAGUAACUGAACCACCUAAAGAUUUAGCCGUGAGAUGCAACCCGGCCGAGUGCGAAUUACCUUACUGUUUUUGCUCGAAAGAUGGCACCCUUGUACCGGGCGGUCUAGACCCUGAACAGAUUCCACAAAUGAUUCUACUGACAUUCGAUGGCGCCGUCAAUCUUAAUAAUUACGAACAUUACAAAAAAGUUUUCAACAAGAAAAGGCAAAAUCCUAAUGGUUGCGACAUCAAGGGUACCUUCUUUAUUUCGCACGAGUACAGUAACUACCAAAUGAUACAACAAUUGGCCAGUGAAGGUCAUGAAAUCGGCACGGAAACCAUAUCUCUACAAAUGGGUCUCCAAGACAAAGGCUACGAAGAAUGGGUCGGUGAAAUGGUCGGCAUGAGAGACAUCUUGCAACAUUUCUCCAACGUAUCAAAAAGCGAGGUCGUAGGAAUGAGGGCGCCAUACUUGAAGCCUGGACGCAACACGCAAUACAAGGUUCUAGAGGAGUUCGGUUUUAUCUACGACAGUUCCGUGGGAGUGCCAGCGUUGCCAGUGCCAGUUUGGCCCUACACCUUGGACUACAAAAUCCCGCACGAAUGCAAGGCUGGAACUUGUCCAUCCAAAUCAUUCCCAGGAGUUUGGGAAAUACCUCUAAACACUCAUUACGUAGAAGGCUUUGAGGGAGGCCAUUGCCCGUACUUGGAUCAAUGCGUUUUGCAUAACCACGAUGCCAAUGAAGUUUUCGAGUGGUUACAAGAGGACUUCUUGAGGUACUACGACCAAAAUAGGGCGCCUUACAUGAUGCCUUUCCACACCAACUGGUUCAGCAUUAAGGAAUUGGAACAAGGAUUGCACAAGUUCUUGGAUUGGGUGACAACACUUGAGGACGUAUGGUUCGUCACCAACACCCAAGCGUUAACCUGGAUCACAGACCCGAAAACCUCAAAGGAACUCAACAACUUUGAAGCAUGGGGUUGCAGUAAAAAGAAGGAUAACAUCCCUCAAGCUUGCAAGAAUUCCAAUAAGUGCGCUUUAAGUUUCAAAACGGCAGAUUCGAAUUUCACUGACACGAGGUAUUUGGAAACUUGCCGAGAUUGUCCCAACAAAUAUCCUUGGUUAGGUGACGCCACAGGUUCCGGUAUUCCAGGGAAAGAUAAUUAUGUUCCUGACAAUGUCAGAAAAUAAUAGAAAAUACCUAAUACUUAGGUAUAUAUGUAUGUAUACGUUUCAAGGAAAUAUUCAGUAAAAUAAUACUUUGUAUUCUUUAGAAAUGUAUUAAAUAAUUUAACAAAAAAUAUAGUUUCUAUAAUGAGACUCCAAAAUACCUAUUUAAUUUAAUAUUAUUUUAAUUUUGAUACAAUAUCUACCAAACUACUUUAUAUUUCAUAGGUUAUUGUAUUUUUGUAAUAAAUAAAUUAUUGUUACACUGUUCAUAUGUUUUUUAUUAUUUUUUCCACUCCUAUUGC